AUGAAAAGGGGUGCUGUGCGGGCCCCAUCAGUGCUGCUGCUGCUGCAGGAUUCCUGCAGUGCACUCGCUGUGUGUGUUUUGGUACACAAACACCAACGCAGCCGCCAAACACGCAACCGCAUCGCCGAUUGUGUUUGCCGCACACUUUCUACUCACGCCACCCUCCCACUCUCCACCGCAGUUACGACUACUACUACUACUGCCACUAUCAGUAGUAGUAGUAGUAGUAGUAGUACUAGUGCUAUCAGUAGUAGUAAUGAUAUUAAGAAUUCCACACGUCUUGUGUACAUUGGCGUUGCGACGGGAGUCUUCUCUGCUACUACGGUUGCCCGCUGCUACACACUCCUGCCAUCACCAGGCCGUCUCUUUGUGGAUUAUUGUCUUUCAUGGGCCCGCCACGCCCAGAGUGAACAGACACGGCAGUAUAUUGCCAGUCAACGCAUGGCUGUACUGCAGACAAUGGGCGGUGGAUGGGCAUCGCUGCGCCGCGCCGACAAGGCACUCCGCUGCGCCCUGCUGCUGUACUACACCGCCCUGCAGUUGCACGACGCCAGCACGCAGCGGAAGUGUCGUGUCUUUGUUGGAUGGGCACAUCUCUGGAACGGCGAUGUGCGGCGGGCUGUGGAGAUAUUUAAACAGCAACAAGAGGAGGCACGGGAGGUGGGCGACACUGUGCAGGAACUGCGGUGCAGCGCCGCCCUCCACCACGCAGAGUAUAAUCCCACAGUGGUGAGGAGCCACGGAGGCUUUUCACUCGCCUCCUGCUGGACAGAUAUCUUUGCCUAG